CACUUGCGUUUCGUACUUCCGUUUAACAGCUUUUGAUUGGAUGCACGCUGCUGCUCUGCCAUUCGUUCCGCCAUUGCAGCCUCAGCUCCACCGCCGAUCGAGCAAGCCAAGGCAUGGGCGGCGGCGCGGCGGCGCUGCUCCGCGAGGCCUCGCCGGGGAGCCUUCUCGCCGGCGCGGCGGCCGUGCUGCUCCUGUGGUGGGCGGCGGCCGUCCUGGAGUGGGCCUGCCUGGCCCCGCGGCGCAUGGAGCGGGCCCUCAGAGCGCAGGGCCUGAGGGGCACCCGGUACCGCUUCCUCUGGGGCGACCUCAAGGAGGAGCGCCGGCUGACGGCGGCGGCCCUGGCCAGGCCCGUGCCCAUGGACCGGCCCCACGACGUCCUCCCGCGCGUCUCCCCUCUCCUCCACCGUGCCGUCGAGGAGCAUGGUAAGCUCUCCUUUACAUGGUUCGGGACGACCCCAAGAAUUACAAUCAUCGACCCUGAGCUGGCCCGGGAGGUUACGUCAAACAAAGACGGCCACUUCGUGAAAACAAAGCUAGCCACUCGCAUGAUCAAGUUACUGAUUGGUGGGGUUGCGAUCCUUGAUGGCGAAAAAUGGGUCAAGCAUAGGAGGAUUAUGAACCCAGCCUUCCAUGCAGAGAAACUGAAGGGGAUGUUGCCGGCGUUCUCUGCAGCGUGCAGCGAUCUAAUCUGCAGAUGGGAGAACUUACUCGCUGAUUCUGCUGGAACCAUUGAGCUAGACGUUUGGUCUGAGUUCCAAAAUUUAUCAGGAGAUGUCAUUUCAAGAGCUGUUUUCGGUGUUAGCUACCAAGAAGGCAGAAGAAUUUUCCUACUUCAAGCUGAACAACUUGUCCGUGUUACUCAAGCUUUUGGGACAAGUCACAUCCCAGGAUUCUCUCUUUUACCGACGAAAAGCAACCGAAGGAUGAAGGAUAUUAACAGGGAGACGAAGACGAUCCUAAGGGGAAUAAUAGAGAAGAGACAUGAGGCUAUGAAGAAUGGCGAACCCGCCAAGGAUGACUUGCUCGGCAUGCUGAUGGAAUCAAACAUGAAUUACAGCAACUCGGAUGGAAAGUCCAGAAGGGGGAUCACCGUGGAAGAAGUGAUCGAGGAAUGCAAGUUGUUCUACUUUGCAGGAACAGAGACAACCGCCGUCCUGCUGACUUACACAAUGGUAGUCUUAAGCAUGCAUCCGGAGUGGCUCGAUCGAGCCAGGGAUGAGGUUCUGCAAGUCUUUGGGCAGAACAAGCCAGAUUUCAGCGGUGCUAGUCGUCUAAAAGUUGUGACCAUGGUGCUGUACGAGGUGCUACGUCUGUACCCUCCAGCGCUGUUCGUUAACCGGCGGACACACAAGCAGACGGAGCUCGGAGGCGUCACGUACCCACCGGAUGUCAUGUUCGUGGUUCCCAUCAUGUUCAUCCACCGCGACCCUGCGCUCUGGGGGCACGACGCCGGCGAAUUCAACCCGGGGAGGUUCGCCGACGGCGUGUCCAAGGCGUGCAGCGACCCGGGCGCCUUCAUCCCCUUCAGCUGGGGGCCGCGCAUCUGCAUCGGCCAGAACUUCGCGCUGCUGGAGGCCAAGCUGGCCAUCAGCAUGAUCCUGCAGCGCUUCGCGUUCGAGCUCUCGCCGGAGUACGUUCACGCGCCCUUCAGCAUCCUGACGCUCCAUCCGCAGCACAGCGUUCUGGUUAGGGUACGCCGGCUCUGAUGAGCACAUGUAUAUUCUGAUUAAAUCAUUUUGGUAUUUGUAAACGAAGUGCAUUUUGCACAGAAGUUUCAUGCAAGUACCGACGUGAUCGACAUGCUUUCUCAAAAGCCAUAGCAUCGUACACCUUCAGGCCUGCUA